AGCAAUACUCAUAAGAGACCGCUGGGUGAAAAGAGUACAAAGUACAAUAUCCGCCGGAGUCUCGGACUCGUUGAUACCUCUAGCCAAAAUCGCUAUGUUUGGGAUUUAGGGUUUUCGAGUGAAUCAUUUAUACAAUCACUAAAGAAAACCAAUGAAUCACCUCCUCAUCAGAAGGAUAACAUCUAGUCACUCAUCACUUGCUAAACCUCCAUUCCUUGAGCACAACAAUAAUGUUAAUACUGUCCAGCAGUCUCCUCCUUUGAUUCUAAUCACAACUAGAAUCAGAAGAAGAAGUUAUGUUUCACCAUCAAGUAAAUUUGAAUUUAUCAAGAAAAGAAAAAAGAAAACUCAGUUUGAAAUACAAGUACUCGAUCAGUGCGUAUCUGGUCAAAUCAAGAAACUUGAUGAUGCAUUAGGAUACUUUGACAAAUUGGUUUCACUGAAUCCCUUGCCAUCUAUUGAAACAUUCAACCAUCUAUUCAUUUCAAUCUCAAAACUUAGAUGUCAUUCUUCUGUUUUUCCACUAUACAACAAGAUGAAAUGGAUUGGUAUUCAACCCAAUAUAUUCACAUUUAACAUUCUAAUAAAUUCUUGUUGCCAGUUAAGGGGAGUCAAUUAUGGGUUCUGUUUGUUUGGAGAAAUUCUUAAGAGGGGAUAUCAUCCUAAUAUUAUAACAUUCAAUACUCUGGUUAAAGGGGUUUGUGUGCAAGGAAUGAACCGUUUCGCGCUUCAAGUGUUUGAUAAAAUGACUACAAGCGGUGUUUCUCCCACAGUAUUUACCUAUAAUAUACUGAUAGAUUCUAUGUAUAAACAAGGGGAGAUGGAAGAAGCAAAACGGUUGUUUGAGGAAAUGAUUAAACUAGGCAAGGAGCCUGAUGUAAUUACUUUUAACUCGAUGAUAGAUGGUUUGUGUUCGACAGGUAAGAUAGACGAAGCGCGGAAAUUGUUUGAUUCAAUGGUUGGUAAGGGUCUUGAGCAUGAUUUAUACAGUUUCAGUGUGUUGAUUAAUGGGUAUUGCAAGAAGUUUAAGGUGGAUGAUGCUCUGCAGCUCUUCGAGAAAAUGAAGCAAAAGGGAAUAAAGCCAACUCAAGUUACUUACACUACUCUGCUGGAUGGACUAUGCCGCGCGAAAAAAGUUACAAUUGCACGAAGCCUGCUACUCGAGAUGGAAUCAACUGGUGUAUCUCCAAACAUAGUUACAUAUAAUGCCAUGUUGGAUGGCCUUUGCAAGAAUGGACAUAUUGAUGAGGUGAUAGAGUUAUUCCAGUCUAUGAAACUUAAGGGGUGUAAAGCUGAUAUUCACACUUAUGGUUUAGUUAUUGAUGGCUUGUUCAAGGGGGGAAAAUAUGAAGAUGCAAAGAAAUUGUUCCAUGAGAUCCCAAAUCAAGGAUUAGUCCCCAAUGUUAGAACAUAUACCAUAAUGAUCAGUGGCAUGUGCAGAGAAGGUAAUUUACUGGAGGCCGAGAAAUUGAUUUUUGAAAUGGAAAGGAAUGGUUGCAUGCCAAAUGCCGUAACCUGUGAAACUAUUAUUAAGGGUUUUCUUGAAAGAAAAGAUGUAGAGAAAGCCAAGAAGUUUCUUCAAAUAAUGCGGCAAAGAAAUUUUUCACCAAGCAAUUCCCUUAUUUGAUUGUUUCUCUGUGGAGCAG